GCAUUGAGGUUUGAGAAAGUUACACCCACUUCAUCCUCGACUUCAUCAUAUGACUUAAGAAUGGCUGCUCCCACUUCUCCUCCAAGCUACCAAAGAUCUGUGUACAAUGAUAACAACUUAAGCUUUCUAAACCCUGGAAAUAGUACCAGGCUAGAAAAUCAGCCACGGAAUAAUGGUGAAAAUAUUGAACCAGAGCCAUUUGAAACCCUCCUUGAUUUGGAUUUCAAGACAGUCUUUUAUGAGCACCAAAGCACUCCAACUAUACCUCAAGUUUAUGCUAUCUACAAUAAGGUCUUCCACUUUACAAAGGCGAUAGUCUACAAUGGCCUGGUCUUGAUAUUUGGCAUAUUUAUUACUCUCGUGUGGGCCUUUCUUGCAAGCAUUUUAGCUUUUGUCACAACCUGGGUGUGGUGGCCUAUAAUGAGAUCCGCGCUGUUCGUUAGUGGGGCAACUAUUCCAGCUGUUGUGGAGCCAAUGAAGGCAUUUUUGACUCCACUUGCUGAUGUACAUGCUCGCAUCUUUCGGCAGAUUCGUAUUAAUGCCACAUUCAAUGGCGGUUUUAAUCCAAGGAUUAAUGAUAGAGCAGCUUCAAGCAAUGUUUGAAUUUUUGAAUUUUAAACAUUAUUUUAUACAUGCUUCACUGACUAGUAUAAUUUGUGUAUGCCUGUUAGACUAUAGAUUUCAUUUUUGUGUCAAUUUUUUAAAUAUUUUUUUCUAAAAAUAACAAUGAA